AUGGCAAGCAAUCGGGACGAAAAGGAUGCUGUUCGCGAAGAGGUGCAGCAGCUCCUCGCCAAAACGCCAUUCGCUUGCUCAUCGCUGUCACGGCUGUCUGGCGGCACCGCCAAUUUCGUCUACCGAGGCCAACCCGACUCAGGAAAACCCAAUUCGAUCAUCAUCAAACAUACAAAGAACUAUCUCGCUUCCAAUUCCAGCUUUCAGCUCGAUGCCGCACGAUGUCACUUCGAAGGAGCUAUAUUGGAGGCACUCCACGAUCUCAACCCUUGGGAGGCAGAGAAUGUCUCCGUCAAAGCACCCCGACUCCUCCACUUUGAUCGCGAAGCCAACACCCAAGUCCUGGAGGACCUGCCAGACUCCGUGGACUUGAAGAACUUCUUGAUCUCAGCGUUGUCCCGCGAGGUGUCCAAACCCACGGCACGAUCACUGGGCAAAGCACUCGGGUCCUGGCUACGGGCUUUCCACAACUGGGCCUCCAGCCCCAACCAAGCCCGCUCCCCCCUGAAGAAAUCUCUCGCAGAUAACAAACUGAAAGGUCUGAAGCACUACAUCAAUUACUCUAUGUUGCUGGAGACUAUUCCCAAUUUCCCAGAUAUCCUCAAGGCCGACGCGAGCACUUUCGCGCGAGUCCGCGAUUACGCCGCUGCAGAGCCUCAAGAGGAUGAUCCUAAUGCUGAUUAUGGGAUUAUUCAUGGCGAUUUUUGGACCGGCAAUGUUCUUAUCCCCAACGUUCCACCCACCAGUCAAUCGCACACAACACUGCUUGUCAUCGACUGGGAGAUGGCUCACGUCGGCUACAGGGCUUUAGACCUAGGCCAAAUGGUCGCAGAACUGUACGAAACGAAGCUCUUCAAAAAUGUGGAACCGGGGCUGUGGAUCCUCGACGGGCUUUUGGAGGGGUACGGACCUCUUUCGGACAAGACGGCGUUCCGUACUGCGAUUCAUGUGGGAGUGCAUUUGGUGUGCUUCGGAAGCAGGGUGGCUGGAUGGGGAACCGCCCAGCAGGUUGAAGAAGUCGUGCAGGUGGGUAGAGAUCUGAUUGUGCACGCGUGGAAUGAGGACAAGGCUUGGUUCCGUGGACAUGACCUGGCGUGUAUCUUCCAGGAGUAA